AUUUUUCAUUUCAUUUCGCUAUUUGGAAGUAGAAGAAGACUCCAAUUCCAAGGCCAGACGCAGAAACCAUGUAUUGCUUAUCCUGCCUUUCCAUUACCAAACCUCUAGCUUUUGCUUCUCUACCUCAGAAUGACUCUCCUCCUCCCAUCCAAACCACUCGUACUACGAAACCUCCCAUGCGUAGACCAACGCCCUCUACUCUACCAAGAACGCAGCAGCGCAAGAGACAACAGCCCUCCAUUGACGAAAUAGAACGCGCUAUCGGUGCCGGAAGGUACCGCGACAUUGAUGCCAGGGAAUUGAGUGAAGAACAGAAGGCUCAAUUCGACUUCAUUUCGUUGAGUUUUAGCGGCAAGUUUGAGGGGCCGGUCGAGAAGAAGCUCCGGGAGACGGGAGAGUGGCUAGACACUUGGACGGAGACCGAAUUCCGAGCCUCUGGAAAAAAGAUCCUUAUGGUUACAUUUCAGUGGAUACUACCAAUCUGGACGCUCAUGUUUCUCAUUGCCUGUGGGGUCAUCAAGCUACCGUUCAGCAGCCCAUUUAUUGAUGACCUGAUUAUGUGAACACUUUUCAAUUCAGGUUUAAAGACUCCUAUUUAGCUGCUCUUCGCAGCUUACUUAAAGGUACUCUUUGCUAUAUAGCUAGGCAUUAACUUGAAAUUAUAACACCACGAUAUCAUUAGUAAUCAUUCUCAAUGGCAUCUCCUGUAAGUGCUGAAUGAUGAAUCAAUUGCUUGAACGAUGUAAAUUCCUUGCUUUAUGACUUUUUACAUUUUAUCGUAUUCAUAUAUGCACAUUGUGUAGCUGUGUACAUGUCAGUUCUCAACAUAUUUAUUGAGAGUUACUUCAAUAUUAUGAUACACAAUGGCAAGUCAUGCAUUUUCGAAGUA